UUCGAUAUUUUUUAAUGUUAUGCAAACAAAAAUCCGUGUUGUCUUGUCUUCUUCUUCUUCUUUUAUUUUAAACGCAGAAGCCGGCAUUUGUGUUCCCGUGUCUUCCCUGCUUUCUCAGUUUUUUGUAUGUGACUCUGUCUCCAAAUACUAGAUUGCAUUGUUUUCUUUCUCGUUUUCUGGGAAAGUGAUCGCAUAGUAGGUGAAUAUCAGAGCUCACACCACUCUUAAGGCAAUGAAGCCACCUUUAAAUGAUGGCAAAGACAAGAUGGAAACUCGAGGGAGAAAGGCAAUGGUGACUGCUGAGAAAACCGUGAAAAAUGGGUGUCGAUCAAAUAGAGAAAGGAAAAUGGCUUUGACACAAGAUGUUGAUAAGUUGAAGAGGAAGCUCAGACAAGAAGAGAAUGUUCACAGAGCGUUAGAAAGAGCAUUAACAAGACCUUUGGGAUCCCUUCCUCGUCUUCCUCCUUAUCUUCCUCCACAGACAUUAGAGCUUGUGGCUGAAGUGGCAGUAUUGGAGGAGGAGGUGGUUAGACUAGAAGAGCAGGUUGUGAAUUUCAGACAAGGUCUAUAUCAGGAAGCUGUCUACAUUUCCUCUAAGAGGAAUGCAGAAAAUUUGAGGGACUCAAUGGACCAGAACUCCAUCAGGAGCUCCAAACAUCAAAGAUCAAAAUCUUUGUCCCAAAGUGAGCUUAAUUCAACUACCAUGGCUAGGCCUCAACUUUCUCUUGCUAGAAGUGCUUCCAGUAGAAAGCUGUUCUCUGACAUUGUCAUUGAUCACACUGGUAAGCUAGUGAACGGGAAACAAUUGCACAUGAAACAAGAUUCGCUAUCAUCAAUCCCAGAAGAGGGACAGCGAAAAGAGAAUCCACUGUUUUAUAGCUCUCUGAAGGAUAAGCAAUCUCCAGAGAAGAAAACGGCCAAAGUCAUUACUCCAGUGAAGAAGUCUCCAAUAAAAAAAGAAUCAGUUGAUAAAUGUGUAGAUCACUUGAAGUUACAGGCAACAAUAGAAGUGGGGGGCCUGCAGCUCAAUGCAAUUACAAUAGAGCACUUCAUCUUGAGUCUUCCUUAUCACCUGAUGUUUACCUGCCCAAAAGCUGCAAAACAUGACGAGAUGAAAUUGCGAAGCAUAUUUGGCUUGGAAUGGUCAGAGCCCUUGGUUACAUUUGCACUUUCCUGUGGAAGCUGUUCUUCACCUGCGGGAAGCAGCAGACCACAGAGCAAAGGUGCAAACAGAACAAUCAGCAGAGGUGCAAGCAGGACAUACAAGGGUGCAGAUCAAGGAAAAGCCCAAAAGGAGAGUCACAAGACUAAAUUACCUUCGAGACUAUGCUUGAGGGCAGGAAGGGAAUUGAGUAGCAAUCCUUAUCGUGUGAUGCUGUUGCUAGAGCAGGGGACAAGCUUAACGGAUUUGAUUCUGAUAUACACAGCUUCACAAGUUGACAAUGAGUUGGAAGCAGCAAAGAGGGAUUAUUUACAGGCAGCAGUUGGCAUUACAAAAACAAGCAAGUUAAUAAUUCCAAAGUUACUAGAUUGGUAUUUACUUGACUUUGCAAAGGACUUGGAAUCUUUGUUGGAUUGGAUUUGCCUCCAGCUACCCAUUGAACUGAGAAAGGAAGCAAUUGAAUGCCUUGAAAGAAGGGGGAGACAGCCCCUUUCGCAGCUGGUACAAAUGAUGCCCUAUGACUUCAGUUUUAGGUUGCUUUUACACCAAUAAACUUAGAGAGAGGUACUGUUCACCACUCAACAUUUCGGUCAGCACAGAUUUCUGAAUUUUAUUGUGGUGAACUUUUGUAUAUGGUACAGUUCACACAAAAAGUACAUUAUCAUAAUAAUGUGAUGUAUUCAUUUGGUAAAGGGUUUUGACCUUUUUGGACACUGCUAUUGGGUCCGUUGAAAGGCUUUAGCAGGAAAUAUAUAGAAAUGGCGGUUUCUUAUAAAGCAAA